AGCUCAGCUGUUCCUGCACAGGUUGUUUGAAUGGUGGGAAAGAACAAGAGGAAUGUCAAAAUCAUCUUUUUGUUGAACCAUGGGAAGAACACAAUGUUGUGAAACAGGCAACUGCAAAGAAAGUACAACUUUCAAAGAAAAUGCGAGGAAGGAAAAUAACAAAACCAAGUGGUUUGAAAACUGACCAAGAAAAAUCAGCAACAGGAAAACAAGAACAAAAUGGAAACCUAGAUGAAACUGUGACUCAUACAGAAGAUGGAGUCAAUACCAAAAGAGCAAGGAAAGAACUGAAAUGUUUGACAAAGGGAAGGAAAUAUGGAACAAGAAGAAAACAAGAACAGGAUGACAACCCAGAUGAAUCUGUGCCUCAUACAGAAGAUGGAAUCAAAACCAGAAAAGAAGAACAGGAUGGAAACCAAGAUGAAUCUGUUCUGCAAACAGAUGAUGAGAGGAAAACCAGGAGAGAAUAUUUUAGAAAAAAAACUGUUCAACUUGCAGACUGCUGGUGACUUUGACAUGUUGCAAAUGAAGUGUGUAUCUUUAAAUGAACAGUUAGCCCAAACAUAUCCAUCGAUAGGGGUUGAUUCCAGUGUGUGCUGUAAACAACAAACUUGUUGCUGACAAGGUCGCAUUAGGGCUUUUGCCUGUUGAUGAGCUGGAUGAAAGGUACCAUCAGUGGAUUCCAGUAAAAGUUGGAGCAGAUGGAAUCUGUUUUCCUCGAUCAGCCAGUGUAGUGGCAUUUCGGGAUGAGCUUGCUCAUGAGGAAAUGCGGACCAGGAUCGUUAUAGAAAUGUGCAUGGGAAUUGACGAAUAUACCGACAACACCUUUCUUAACAAGGGUAUAAUUUUACCUACAAACGAAGCUAAACAUCUACUUAAUUCCUACACGAUGUUCUCCGAAAUGUACACAUCAGGGGAAAAAAUAACACCACCUGUAGCAAGAAGAAUGUUUGAAUUGGAGGCUAUGGAUGUAAGGGCAGGUGGAUCUUACAUGGGCAUUUGGCAAAUAUUUGCCCUAUCAUCAGUGUUGAAUUGCAAUAUUAUUUCUUUGUAUCCCAAAUGUGGUGCGGCUCUUCCCAGAUGCAUACUUAAUCGCACAAUAAUUCCCAGGAAGAUUGUAAACAGGGAAAGUGGCACCAAAACUGCUCUGUUCUUGUGGACGUCAACACGAAGUGAUAUGGUGAUGGAAAACUGGAUCCCAAAUCAUUGUGUCCCACUGGUCUCUGCCGUGUCUCAACCCGAAUCAAAAUAUACUCUUUUUGACGAUGAAGACCUCAGUAUAUCCUUGGAGGACAGCAUGCUUGAACAUUUACUGCAAUCACUUAAUGAUGAGGUCAUUACCCAGUCCACCCACACUCGAACUGAUCAGGACCAGUCUACUGCUGUUGUUGAAGGCAUGCCUCUGGCACCGGAAUCCACAGAUGAUACUUCUCCAGGAGACCUGUCAAGCAUCCCAGUCGAGUAA